GACGGUGUGUGAGUGUGAGGGAGACACCGGGGCAGGGGAAGCGGCUGCGCUCGGCUCCGGGAAGACGCUGCCGAGCAGGAGGCGCCGCCCCGGGUCCUCCCCUCCCCGCGUUAUCACUGAGCAGGAGGGAAAGCGGCGGGCGCGCCCGGGGACUGCGAUAAAAACAAUCAAAUAGCGAGGAGCGCCCCCCCCCCCGCACCAGGAGACCCCCCCCCGGCGGAGAGGCCCCGGCACCGAGCGCCCCGGGGGCAGCGGCGGAGGAUGUCGGGCGGCGGCAGCCGGGAGGAGGAGCGGCGCAAACUCGCCGAUAUCAUCAACCACUGGAACGCGAACCGGCUGGACCUGUUCGAGAUCAGCCCCCCCACCGAGGAUUUGGAGUUUCAUGGAGUAAUGAGAUUUUAUUUUCAAGACAAAGCAGCUGGAAACUUUGCAACAAAAUGUAUUCGUGUUUCUAGCACUGCCACAACGCAAGAUGUAAUAGAAACCCUUGCAGAGAAAUUCCGACCAGAUAUGCGAAUGUUGUCAUCUCCUAAAUACUCACUUUAUGAAGUGCACGUCAGUGGAGAAGAAAGAAGAUUAGAUAUAGAUGAGAAGCCUCUUGUUGUACAGUUAAAUUGGAACAAGGAUGACCGAGAGGGGAGGUUUGUUCUCAAGAAUGAAAAUGAUACACUUCCUCCAAAGAAGGCUCAGAGCAAUGGGCCUGAAAAACAAGAAAAAGAGGGAGUGAUCCAGAACUUCAAACGGACUCUAUCAAAGAAAGAAAAAAAAGAAAAAAAGAGGCGAGAGAAAGAGGCAUUGCGGCAAGCAUCAGAUAAAGAUGAUAGACCUUUUCAUGGAGAUGAUAUUGAGAAUUCUCGUCUUGCAGCAGAGGUGUACAAAGAUAUGCCGGAGACCAGCUUCACUCGGACGAUAUCCAAUCCUGAAGUAGUCAUGAAACGACGGCGACAACAGAAACUAGAGAAGAGAAUGCAGGAGUUCCGCAGCUCUGAUGGCCGGCCAGACUCAGGUGGAACCCUGAGGAUUUAUGCAGACAGUUUAAAACCAAAUAUACCGUACAAGACCAUCCUGCUGUCCACUACAGAUACGGCAGACUUUGCAGUUAUUGAAGCACUGGAGAAGUACGGUCUGGAAAAGGAAAAUCCCAAGGAUUACUGUAUUGCUCGGGUUAUGCUUCCUCCUGGUGCUCAACACUCUGAUGAUAAAGGUGCUAAAGAAAUUAUCCUUGAUGAUGAUGAGUGCCCACUUCAAAUAUUCAGGGAAUGGUCUAGUGAUAAAGAUGUUUCAUGUCCAGAAUUUUCCAGGGUGAACUUCAAGGCCGAGAGAAUACUAGUCUUUCAGUUGAAAAGACGGCCUUCUGACUAUAUCCCAAAGAAAACCAAGAAACAAACUGAUGGAAAGCCAUUAAAGGGGAAGGAAAGAGUUGACGGGUCUGGCUAUGGCUCUUGCCUUCCUCCUGAGAAACUACCCUACCUAGUGGAAUUAAGCCCAGGGAGAAGGAAUCACUUUGCCUACUACAGCUAUCACACUUAUGAAGAUGGUUCUGACUCCAGAGAUAAGCCAAAACUCUAUCGUCUACAAUUAAGUGUCACUGAAGUUGGAACUGAAAAAUUUGAUGACAAUUCCAUCCAGUUGUUUGGUCCAGGAAUUCAGUCUCAUCACUGUGACCUCACCAAUAUGGAUGGAGUUGUUACUGUUACACCAAGAAGCAUUGAUGCUGAAACUUAUGUAGAAGGUCAGCGUAUUUCAGAGACCACCAUGCUGCAAAGUGGCAUGAAAGUUCAGUUUGGAUCAUCUCAUGUAUUUAAGUUUGUGGAUCCCAGUCAGGACCACAUUAUUCCUAAAAGAACUCUAGAUGCGGGUCUCAUGAUCAAAGGUCCAAGGCACAAAACUGGGGUUGUUCAGGAAACAACGUUUGAUCUGGAGGGAGAUGUUCACAGUGGAACAGCAUUACCAGCGAGCAAGAGCACCAACAGACUGGAUGGUGACAGAACUUCAUCAGCAUCCAGCACAGCUGAACGAGGAAUGGUGAAGCCAAUGAUUAGAGUGGAACAGCAGCAAGAUUAUCGCAGGCACAACGGCAGGUCUCAGGACAUGGUUGGGCCAGAACUGAUAUUACCUGCAAGCAUUGAAUUCAAGGAAAGUUCUGAAGAUGCCUUCUUAUCUGCCAUUAUUAAUUAUACCAACAGCUCAACAGUUCAUUUUAAAUUGUCACCUACUUAUGUUUUGUACAUGACAUGUCGGUAUGUAUUGUCAAACCAGUACAGACCUGACAUCAGUCCUACUGAGCGUACUCUCAAAGUCAUUGCAAUAGUCAACAAGAUGGUGAGCAUGAUGGAAGGAGUUAUACAGGAGGUAGACCAGGUUGAUCAGAAGCAGAAGAAUAUUGCUGGGGCACUUGCCUUUUGGAUGGCAAAUGCAUCUGAAUUGCUCAACUUCAUUAAGCAAGACCGUGACCUUAGCCGAAUUACUUUAGAUGCACAAGAUGUUCUGGCACAUUUGGUUCAAAUGGCUUUCAAAUAUUUAGUUCACUGUCUUCAGUCAGAGCUUAACAAUUACAUGCCAGCGUUCCUUGAUGAUCCAGACGAAAAUAAUCCUCAGAGGCCUAAAAUAGAUGAUGUCUUGCAUACACUAACUGGAGCUAUGUCCCUGUUGCGACGAUGUAGAGUGAAUGCUGCACUGACUAUACAGCUCUUCUCCCAGCUCUUUCACUUUAUCAACAUGUGGCUUUUUAAUAGAUUGGUUACUGACCCAGAUUCAGGAUUGUGUUCGCAUUACUGGGGAGCCAUCAUUCGUCAGCAGUUGGGCCAUAUAGAGGCCUGGGCAGAAAAACAGGGCCUAGAGCUGGCUGCUGAUUGCCACCUAAGCAGGAUAGUGCAGGCAACUACACUACUUACCAUGGAUAAAUACUCACAUGAUGACAUUCCAAAUAUUAACAGUACCUGCUUUAAGUUGAAUUCUCUACAACUACAGGCAUUAUUGCAGAAUUAUCACUGUGCUCCAGAUGAACCAUUUAUCCCAACAGAGUUGAUAGAGAAUGUAGUGGCUGUUGCAGAAAAUACAGCUGACGAACUAGCACGUAGUGAUGGCAGAGAAGUCCAGCUAGAAGAGGAUCCUGAUCUACAGCUGCCUUUUCUUUUGCCAGAAGAUGGCUAUUCAUGUGAUGUAGUCAGAAACAUUCCAAGUGGUUUACAAGAAUUUUUAGAUCCACUAUGCCAGAGAGGCUUCUGCAGGCUGACACCUCAUCCACGUUCACCAGGCACUUGGACAAUGUAUUUUGAAGGUGCAGAUUAUGAAAGUCACCUGUUACGCGAGAAUGCUGAGCUAGCUCAACCUUUGAGGAAAGAACCUGAAAUCAUCACAGUAACAUUAAAGAAACAAAAUGGAAUGGGCUUAAGCAUUGUUGCUGCUAAGGGUGCAGGUCAAGAUAAACUUGGAAUCUAUGUCAAGUCUGUGGUAAAAGGAGGUGCUGCAGAUGUGGAUGGUCGGCUUGCUGCAGGGGAUCAGUUGCUCAGCGUGGAUGGUCGAAGUUUAGUGGGUCUGUCCCAAGAAAGGGCAGCAGAGCUCAUGACAAGAACAGGUUCUGUAGUCACCCUAGAAGUAGCAAAACAAGGAGCAAUUUACCAUGGUCUGGCAACCCUGCUUAACCAGCCAUCCCCAAUGAUGCAAAGAGUUUCGGACCGCCGUGGCACAGGUAAACCCCGACCAAAGAGUGAAGGUUUUGAGCUGUAUAAUAAUUCUGCUCAAAAUGGGUCACCUGAGAGCCCUCAGCUGCCUUGGACAGAGUAUAAUGAACCAAAGAAGCUGUCAGGGGAUGACAGACUGAUGAAGAAUCGAGCUGAUCACCGCUCCAGUCCCAAUGUAGCAAAUCAGCCACCAAGCCCUGGAGGGAAGAAUGCUUAUGCUGCUGGAACGACCACCAAGAUAACUUCAGUCUCUACUGGAAAUCUUUGUACCGAGGAGCAGACACUGCCACCAAGACCUGAAGCUUAUCCUAUACCAACACAAACCUAUACCAGAGAAUAUUUCACAUUCCCAGCUUCAAAAUCCCAGGAUCGAAUGGGUCCUGCUCAGAAUCAGUGGCCAAAUUAUGAAGACAAACCACAGAUCCAGACAGAGAGUAGUCACUCAAUUAGUGCUGCAAUGCAGCGUGCAGCUCAUUCCCAGGAAGAGCUUCGAGAUGAUAAAGUUUUCCAACCAGAGGGGAAUCGUCUGGAGGUGGUUAUAAGAAAGGAUAUAGAGUACAUUGAUCGAAAGUCAGACAGUGAUCCAUGGAUGAAUUCGUCUGUGGAUUCCAGCACAUCCAGCCAAGAGCAUCUGAACCACUCCUCCAAAUCUAUUUCCCCUGGUUCUUGUUUAACCAAAAGUGGACCUGGCCGUUGGAAAACUCCUGCUAUCAACCAGCCAACAUCAGUGGCAGUUUCCCAACCCAUCAGAACAGACCUUCCUCCCCCUCCCCCUCCUCCACCAGUGCACUAUGCAGCUGAUUUUGAUGGACUGCAAAUGGAUUUGCCUUUGCCUCUGCCUCCACCUCCCCCUCCAAACCAGCUAGGAACACUAGCUACUGCAGAACGUAAAAAAAGAGAGGAGCAUCAGCGGUGGUAUGAAAAAGAAAAAGCGCGUCUAGAGGAAGAGCGAGAGAGGAAGCGUCGUGAGCAGGAAAGGAAAUUGGGCCAGAUGCGUACUCAGCCACUAAUUCCUGCUCAGCCUAUGGUUUCUCCUGUUUCUGUGCAGCAGGUGAAACCAGAAAAGCCUUCAACACUGCAGAGGUCCCAGGACACUGUCAUUCGAGAGCUACAGCCCCAACAGCAACCCCGAACCAUCGAACGAAGGGAUCUGCAGUACAUCACCAUCAGCAAAGAAGAACUGUCCUCCAGUGAUAGCUUGUCUCCUGAUCCCUGGAAACGGGAUGCUAAGGAGAAGCUAGAAAAGCAACAGCAGAUGCACAUUGUGGACAUGCUGAGUAAAGAGAUUCAGGAACUUCAAAACAAGCCUGAUCGUACAGCAGAAGAGAACGAUCGCCUGCGCAAACUUAUGCUCGAGUGGCAGUUCCAGAAACGACUUCAAGAGUCAAAGCAAAAGGACGAGGAUGAUGACGAGGAAGAAGAUGAUGAUGUGGAUACCAUGCUAAUUAUGCAACGGCUGGAGGCUGAAAAAAGAGCAAGGCAGACUGCUGUGCCAGCAAUCUCUGUUCUAGAUUUGUUACAGGAUGAAGAGCGCAGACGGCAGCAACAGUUAGAAGAGAUGCGUAAACGAGAAGCAGAAGAUAGGGCCAGGCAAGAAGAAGAGCGCCGGCGCCAGGAGGAGGAGCGGACCAAGAGAGAGGCUGAAGAAAAGAGGCGACAGGAGGAAGAGUAUUACAACCGUUUGGAAGCUGAAAGGCGUAGACAGCACGAUGAGGCAGAACGAAGAUUACUGGAACCUGACGAGCCUGGUCUGUACAGACCUCCGCUUCCACGGGAAUAUGAGCUCCCACCCCCACCCCCUUCAUCUAAUGCUCCUCCUCCCCCACCUCAGCGAAACACCUCUUACCUCAAAACACAGGUCCUCUCCCCUGACACGGUUUAUACUGCCAAGUUUGUUGCAUACAAUGAUGAUGAGGAGGAGGAUUCCACUCUAGCAGGUCAGGAUAAGUACUCCAGCACAAGAAAAUCUUAUGGUGACCUUCCUCCUGCCACCCUUCCGCCACAGCAGCUCUUCCGCCAGCCGCGCCCAAUCUCAGAUGGCAUCUUUCUUUCCACCUCAUUCCAGCCACCCUCGGUCAAUGCCAACAGUACUGCUUCCAAAACAAGUCAUCCCCCUUCCCCAUCAAACAAACCAAGUUUCUUCCAUCCCAGCAGCUCAAAAGGACCAAAUUCUUACACUGGAUCUACAGGAGCAAUUGUUGGAGUCCAUGAAGUUUAUCGGGAUCCAAGAGAGAAAAGAUCUAAAAGUCAAGAUACAGAUUUACCUGGUGCACCAGAGAACUUGACAUUCAGAGAGCGCCAACGACUUUUUUCCCAGGGUCAGGAUGUAUCCAAUAAAGUAAAGGCUUCUAGGAAAUUAAUGGAACUGGAAAAUGAGUUGAACACAAAAUAAGAUGAAAGCACCUUAUCAAAUGUUACUGAAAGAUCUCUAAAAUAAGGGAAUGGGAUGGGGCUGUUCAAGACGAGGGUGUAUUGUCUGUGAAGAGUGAGUUUGAUUCCUCUGUAUCUAAGACUGUUAAUUGAGAUUUAAAGAUUUUGCAAUAGCGUGAAUACUGAUUACUUUACCAAGAACUUGUGGUUUAUACAAUUAAAGCACUGUAAAAUUUUAAUUAUUGAAUCACGUGAAGGUCACUUUUUUUCUUUUGUUUUGGGGGUUAACUUUUUCUGCAAUAGACCAAGUAGCACUUGUCAAAGAUAAGUUCUGUUUCCUGGUCUUUUACAGACAUACUUUGUUUUAGCUGCUGAGCAGAGAGUGAGAAUAGUUUGAACUGCCUAAAUUAAUCUGUGCACUAGCUGUUGAUAUCUGUAGGUUGUUUGACACAGAAGCCGAUCUCUGGGCUGUUUUACAAAGGUCUAAUUUACAUAUACAAGUUUGAUAUACUGUGUGAUGUUCAUACAGAUUAUAGGCAUAUCAGUAAAAACCUCUUAUCCUUACCUAGCAUUAGAGUAACAGGAUAAAGUCUUUGAGUGAAACAGUUUUAAUCCUAUAGGUGUUUUGUUUGAGUCUAAAAUGGAUGCAUAACAGAAACUGUUUAAUCCAUAACCAUGGAAAAGCAUAUACAUACAUACAUACAUCCCUCUUGUAAAUGAAGUGUCUGGUUUACAAACCUCCUUUUAAAAAAAACAAGAACAAAACUGUGGAGAUGAAAAACCUUAGGGUUUUGUUUUGUUUAACACUGUAUUGAAAUAGCAGAAUAUAACAAGCAAUAGAUAAUAGGCUACCUUAGUGGCCCUAUCAUAGCUAGGACCAAAAUGUUAAAUGUUCAAGAUGGAGGUAAUGAUUCCGGGUCCAAAGCUAGCAGAACUAAGGCAUGCAUUUGCCAAGGAGGGUAUCAUAGAGAGUAUUAAGCAACUAGCCACAGAGCAUCAUUGAUGGAGUUUGUUAUAGCAGCUGAGCUACAUACUACUUUUAGAGAAGAAAAAUGGCAUAGCGUACAGUCAGACUGAUGUUUGAAACAUCAAAUAUGAUGUUGCUGGCUGCAAAUAUGAAUUUGUCAGUGAGAUGGCUUGACUUAUUAUCCUAACAGCACACCACCAUGAUUAAUAUUGAGAAAGUUGUGCUAGUCAAGCUGUCCUUCAUGUAUCUGGUUUUACUUGCAUCCUCUUGUAUUGUUAUAUACUGUAGAGAAUCUUCUCAGCAGUUCAAGCUAUUUUUACACAUUAUAAUAGCCUUAUUUAAUUUUAAAUUGUUGAAUUCUUUUUGUUCCUCCCACUGUUGUUUCUUCAGCUAUGCAUAUAUGGCUGAUGUUGGGGAUAAGGACCUCAUCAGAGUUUGUUUCUCUUUGUGUGAUGUUAAGACAAAAUAUAUUAUUGUGAUUCCAAACAAAUUUUCUAUUUGCAAAGCCCUAAAUUGGGCUUUAGAUGAUUUUUCUGUAUCAUAUUGUUCUCUUAUAAAUAUAUAUUUAGGGACUUAUGCACACUUCCAAAUACAGAGGGGUAGACUUUCACUGCCUUAGAAAAGAAAUCACUUUUAAUAAGAGUUGUAUGAUAAAUAAAUGCAAGUUAAUGAAAAUUGGAGUGUAAAUAUUUGUUUUUACAUAUUUCAGGUUUCUUAUUUGAAAGUGUGCUUUUACCGUUUCACCUGUUAAAUAUGAAGUAGGAGAUUAAACCGAUCGAAAGUGUUAAUGAAGGAUUUGCAUGCUUGCUGUGUCUGUUAAUCAGGAAAAGCAAGCCUCUCCCAAUUUAUCUUGAGAACACUAGCAGCCUUACAGUGACAAAUACUCUUUUCUUCAGAAAAAAAAAUUUAUGCUGUGGCUGAAAUACUGUUGCUGCUAGAAUCUGAAAAGGCUUCGCAAAAAAAUACAUAUAAACCUUCAGUUGAGUGGAUUUGGCCGCUAUUGGGCAUUCGGGUCAAGUGUGAAUAUGUGUAAAAGUGCUUUUCAUAUUUGUCUGUGCAUUAUUAUGAAAAAACAUGAAAACUGCUGUAGUUUCCCAUUUCUACUGUAUUUCACUUGCAACCUAUUUUUAAUAAACUUUGUAUUGUAUUUAA